AUGCACAACUUUGCGCGCGGCCUCGCGCUCUGCCUCGCCGUCGGCGGCCUGGCGGCGGCGGACCCGUAUCCUCGCGGCAUCGAGCACACCCGCCGCUCGCUCGCCGACGGGACGUGGGCGCUCGAGACGCGCCAGUCGCUCAGCGACCUCAAGACCUGCGACGGCUGCAAGAACAUCAUUGGCGUGCUCAAGGGCCUCCUCAAGACCGGCAACUCUGCGUUUCUGGGACUGGCCAAGACCCUGUGCACGUCGAGCACGGGGUUCGACGCCCAGUACUGCAACGGCACCAUCGAGCACGAGGGCCCCGUCAUCGCCGACCUCCUCCGCAACAUCACGACCAAGAGCAAGCCCGCCGACGAGUUCUGCCGGACGUUCCUCGGCGUGUGCGAGGCGCCGCCCGUCGACACCUGGGCCGUGCCGUUCCCGUCGCCGCGGUCCUGCGACCAGAGGCGCCCGGCGCCCAGCGGCAAGAAGCCGAUCCAGGUCGUCCACUACUCCGACAUCCACAUCGACCCGCUGUACGUCGCGGGCUCGAGCACAAAGUGCGGCAAGCCCACCUGCUGCCGGCCCUUCAACGCGACCGACGCCCCCGGCAAGACCAAGUUCCCGGCCGGGCCCAACGGCGACCACAACUGCGACGUGCCGUUUACGCUCGAGCAGAGCAUGUACAAGACCAUCAAGGACAUGUUUCCGGAGGCCGCGUUUAGCCUGUUUACCGGAGACAUCAUCGACCACGGCCUGUUCAACACGUCCAAGGAGUACAAUGAGAAUUCGAUCAAGGACGCCUACACCAAGAUGAACGGCAGCGUCAAGCUCAUCUACGGCACGGCCGGCAACCACGAAGCGCACCCCGCCAACAUCUUUGAGCCCAAGUCGCUCGGCAACGCGUCCUCCUGGGUCUACGAGACGCUCAGCGACCAGUGGCAGCAGUGGAUCGGCAAGUCGGCCGACACGGCGCGCGCCGAGGGCGCCUACUCGGUCAAGUACCCCGGCGGCAAGCUGCGCGUCAUCUCGCUCAACACCAACAUGUACUACCGCUUCAACUUUGUGCUGUACAAGAAGAUGGAGCGCGACCCCAACGGCCAGAUCGCGUGGCUCGUGCAGGAGCUCGACGCCGCCGAGCGCGCCGGCGAGAGCGUCUACAUCCUUGGCCACAUGCCGCCCGGCGAGCACGACUGCCUGCCCGACCAGAGCAACUACCUCGACCAGGUCUUCCUGCGCUACCAGGACACCAUCAAGGCCAUGUUCUUUGGCCACACGCACGUCGACCACUUCGAGGUCAGCUACGCCGACUACGCCCAGCGCCGCGCCGCCAACGCCGCCGUCGUCUCCUACAUCUGCCCGUCGCUGACGCCCACGUCGGGCAUGCCGUCGUUCCGCGUCUACGACGUCGACCCCGAGACCUUUGCCGUCCUCGACGCCACCACCUACAUGGCCGACAUGUCCGACCCGGGCUUCCAGAACAAGGACGGGCCCAAGUGGACCAAGUACUACUCGGCGCGCGAGGCGUACGGCCCGCUCGUCAGCCCGCCUCUGCCCAAGGGCGCCGAGCUGUCGCCCGCCUUCUGGCACAACGUGACCGAGGCGUUCGAGGCCAAGACGGAAAACUUUGACGCCUACAUGGCGCGCAAGAGCCGCGGCUGGCAGGCCGACGCCAAGUGCCGCGGCGACUGCAUGAAGCAGGAGAUUUGCCAGAUGCGCGCCGGCCGCAGCCAGGACAACUGCUUCGUGCCCAAGGCGGGCGUGCACUUUUCCAAGCGCGACGAGCUCCAGCACCACCACGGGCACAACCGCGGCGAGCACGACGAGUGCGGCUCCUCCCUCGCCGCCGACAUGUUUUCCGCGCUGGCCCGGCGCGAGGACCUGCUGCAGCUGCUGCAGGAGACGUUUGUGUCGGCCGGCGCGACGCUCGAGGACGAGCCUGACGAACCCGAGAAGCCCGUCGACCGCCGCGCCGCGAGCGAGACGGCCGCCGCCACCAGCAGCGCGCCCGCCUCGGACUGCGUCGCCAAGCACGUCCCCAGCGCCUCGGGCACGGCGGCCGGCUCGGCCUCGGGGACCGCGAGCGCCGUGCCGUCGAGCACCGGCGGCGCCGCGGCGCUGGGCGGAGCGGCCAUGCUGGCUGUCGGAGCGGCCGUCCUGGCUUUCUGA